AUGAACUAAUCGAUAACUAUAAUUAACAGUAUGAAAAGAUAGUCAUCCAUUCUCUCAUUGGAUAAGCAGACUGAAGAGAAUGGCACAGCAAAACUAAUGAAAAAGAUUUCUUAGAAAUAGACUCAUGGAAGUAUGGAUGAUAUUUCAAGACUACUGCCUUUAAAUGAUAAUCUAAUAAAUGUUUAUAAUCAUUUUGAAGAUAACUUUAGAGUUGUUAGAGAAUCAGAAAAAUUCCAUUGUGAAGCACCAUCAACAGGUAAAUAUGAGAGUAUUUAAAUUAAUCCUUCUAAUAUCUUGAAAGUUGUUGAUGGUUUACAUUUAUGCGAUUUAAAUCCUGAGAAGCUCAAUCGAAUAUAGAUUUGCAGAUUUAGAUUCUAUUAUUUUAGAGCCAGAUUGAAAAACAAAUUAAACCCUUUGCAAAUCUAUUUUACAUUCCCAGAUAAAAUAACAAAUCAUAUUUACAAAGUGUUUUUAUCAACAACUGUUGAGUUUCCAACAAAAUUUAAUUGUGAGUAAUCAACUUCAAGCAGAUCAAUUAAAGUGAAAACUAAAUCAGGCACUAAAUUUUUUACCGAGGAUUUUAUAUAUAUGACAUUAUAUUCUGAAUCAGAUUUUAUUAUUGGCAUGCAUUUAGUUUUUGGGGAAUUCCAUAAUUCAAUUUUGAGUGCAAAGUAAUAAGAACCCUCAAGAUUCUACAAAUUCUGGGAUGAAGAUAAAAAAAGUAUGUCACCAAAGAAAGAUAAAAUCCUACAAAAUUUAGAUUAAUCUCGAUAUAAAAGUACUUAGAAACUCAAAGAUUUUUUAAGGGGAGCAGAGGUAAGUGCAAAAAAGAUAAUUACAGUGGUUCAAAGAGGAAAGUAGAUUGAAAAAGAUAGAUAAGAAGAAAGAAGCAUUAAAAUGUUAGUAAAAUCAUAAAUUCAAGAGUUUCGCAAAGUAGAAAAGAGUAUUUUAUAACAAAAAUUCGAUAAAUAACAAUAAUGUUAAUCAUGGCAAUAAAUGAUUUAAUUAAUCACAAUUUGUGGAUAGAUUUAUAGUAUUUUACAUGAAAGGAAAAGAAGGCUAAGAAUUUAAGCAAAAGCUAAGUUGAUAGUGUUAAGAUUGAAAGCUAAGUUAUUCAUUGAAGUCAAAUAAUUUGGACAGAACCCAUUUGACAGAUGCAGUAAUAAAUCCUUGCUUUUAUUAAAAACUAUGAGUAUCCAUUUGUAAGAAUAAUCUAGAAAAAGAGCAUAAAAAAUAGCGACUAAUUUCUUGAAAAAAACACUCAUUUUUUAAACUGCAUUGAUUGCUCAUCAUAAGAUGGUAUCUAAAGUAAGAAUAAUUGUUAAGGUUUUUAAAACUAAAAAGUUUUAGAAGCGUGCUUUUAAGGAUAGAUUUUGGAGAUUGAUUAAAACGUAUUUUAAUUAAAACAAUGGAUCAUAUCUCUUUGCUACCUCCUAAGUCAAAGUAAUUCAAAUCGAUAAGCCACUCAUGUCCAAAAUAAUCGAAUAAUAUAUUCAUACUAGGAAAUUAUUAUGGUUGUAAUAGUAUCAAUAGAAUAAAAAUGGGAAUGAAAAUGUAACUCCAGUUCCAUAAGUAAGUAUAUAUUAAUUGCCAAAUGAUAAAGAGUUAAAAUAGAUAAUGAAGGAAUAUUAUUACGUUUCGAAGAAAAGCAACUGA